AUGUUACAUAACACCACCUCCGCCGCUCGUGACAAUUCGUCUUCCGGGCCCGGGCCCGGAACUGGAGCCGCGACUGGCCCGGGAAUGACUGGCCCAAGUACCAACACGGCCAGCGAGCUCAAGCAGACCGUCUCGCGGACCUCAGCGGCACGAUCUCACACCGGCUCAACUGCUCGAACUCCAAGAUGGUGGAAAAUCCGUCUAUUCAAAGGUCUCAUCGGCGACUUACGUCGCCGGGCCCCUUAUUACUGGAGUGACUGGAAGGAUGCAUUGGAUUACCGUGUCGUUCCCGCUACCAUCUAUAUGUAUUUUGCAAACAUCUUACCAGCCCUGGCUUUCUCCUUGGACAUGUUCACCCGCACACACUCCCAGUACGGCGUCAACGAGGUCCUACUGGCUUCAGUCCUUGGCUCCGUCGUCUUCUCCGUGCUCGCCUGCCAGCCGCUCGUUAUCGUCGGCGUUACGGGGCCCAUCACCGUCUUCAACUACACCGUCUACGACAUUAUGGUGCCCACGGGCGUCAACUACCUAGCCUUCAUGUGCUGGAUUGGCCUCUGGGCCCUCGUUAUGCACUGGGUGCUCGCCAUCACCAACUCGUGCAAUUGGCUGCGCUACGUCACCCGAUUCCCCUGCGAUAUAUUCGGCUUCUACGUCGCCUUCAUCUACCUGCAGAAGGGCGUCCAGGUUCUCACCCUGCUGGGCGACCGCGAGCCCUUUUACCUGAGCGUCCUGGCUGCGAUGCUGGUCUUCUUCAUCGCCUACGCCUGCGGUGAACUAGGCAGCAGCACGCUGUUCCACCACCACGUGAGGGUGUUUCUGAAGGACUACGGCACGCCGUUGACCGUGGUCUUCUUCACAGGGUUCGUACACAUCGGCAGGAUGAAGCAGGUCUCGCUGGAGAGUCUGCCCACGAGCACAGCCUUCUUUCCCACCCAAGACAGGGGCUGGCUUGUCCACUUCUGGGACAUCAGGGUGGCCGAUGUAUUUUUGGCUAUACCAUUCGCGCUAUUGCUGACUAUCCUCUUCUGGUUCGACCAUAACGUCUCAUCUCUCAUCGCCCAGGGCACUGAGUUCCCACUCAGGAAGCCACCGGGCUUCCACUGGGACAUUUUCCUGCUCGGUCUCACCACCGGUGUCGCCGGCAUCCUUGGAAUUCCGUUUCCCAACGGCCUCAUACCGCAGGCGCCCUUCCACACCGAAUCCCUGUGCGUCACCAAGGUCGUGCACAGCGACAGCGACAACUCCAACCCCAACGCCGCCGACGACGAUGAGGGAGGCGAUAAAAAGGGCCACUGGGAGCUCAAGCGCACGCACGUGGUGGAGCAGCGCGUGUCGAACCUGGCGCAGGGCCUGCUGACGCUCGGCACGAUGACGGGCCCGCUGCUGGUGGUGCUGCACCUGAUCCCGCAGGGCGUGCUGGCGGGCCUGUUCUUCAUCAUGGGCUACCAGGCGCUCGAGGGCAACGGCAUCACGGCCAAGAUCCUGUUCCUGCUGCGCGACAAGUCCCUCACCUCGCCCGCGAGCCCGCUGCGCCGGAUCCGCCGCCGCUCGCGCAUCUGGCUCUUCGUCGCCCUCGCCCUCGUCGGCUUCGGCGCCACCUUCGCCAUCACCCAGACCGUCGCCGCCGUCGGCUUCCCCGUCUUCAUCCUGGCCUUGAUACCCGUGCGCGCGCUGCUGCUGCCCAAGAUAUUCACGCCUCAGGAGCUUGGCAUCUUGGAUGCCCCGACGGCAAGCCCGUUCACCAUGGAAAGUGUGGGGGGUACGUAUGGCGGGGAAACACCUGAUGUGGAGGACGGUGGGUCGCCUGACGAGACAGAACGGCCUGGAGUUAGUAGCGGUGGGCUGUUCAGGGGCGGAGAGGGGGAUGGUAGAGGUAGCGAGGGCGGCAUAGAUCGGGGGAAGAGCGAGGCAGAGCUCGCGGAGCUGGGUCAGAAUACAAGCAUGAGGAGAAGGAGUAGUGCCGUCGCCAGAGACGCCAAAGACGAAGGAUCCAUCGAGAUGAAAAAUCUGGGCGACGAGCCGUGA